AUGCGGCCAGUUUACAUUGUAAAUUUUCUUUAGUUUCCAACAAAAAUGUCUUAUAAAGACGAAAUGUAUUUAUUUAGUAUUUUGGUAAUUUGCUCAUCAAUUUUAAUGCUAGAAGCAUUUGACUUGCAUUCAUUUGACAAUAUUGAUGAAAUAAUAUCAUUCGUUACUGAGAGUUCUUCGGAUGAAACUGCCAGCCAACAAUUGGAUCAAUUGAAAAUUGAUAAUGAUAAAAAUUCUGCAAAAGUAAUUAAUAAAUAUUUUACGAAAACUCCGCAUUUGUCUGUAACGGAUGAAGAUUAUAAGGGACUUGAAAAACUGAUUGGAAAAAUUGAUAAAGCUUGGGAACAAUAUGGAACCAAAGACUUAACGGAUGAUGAAAAAAAUGAUCUGGGUGAUUUGCCUGAGACUCUUAGCCAGCUGUACAAAACUUACGUAGGCGAUAGUGCUGACAAGAAUUUUCCCACUCGCAUUGCCAAGGAUAAACUUCCAUAUUAUUGUGAAGUAGAAAGUUUUGAACAAUUACGACUGCGUAAAUUACAUCAAUCUUUAGUUUUAUCUGAGCUUAGAGGGUAUAUUCUGAGUCUCAAGUCAUCGGAAGACGUUAAAAAAAUUACAGCACGCGCUAUUUUACAUUCAGAAGAAUAUAUUUUAGCAACAAAAAAGGCGUUUAGAGAAACUGUAGAUACGUUCAUGCGCUGUGAUCCACCAGAACAUAUUCGUGAAAAAACAUUUUCGGAAUUUUUGGGUCUAUUUCAAGGAGUUAUUGUCAAUGAUAUGCACACAAAUGCAGGUGAUGGUAGGUGUGCAGACUCCUGCGAUGGUGUCGAUUAUUCCCGUCUCGACAAAUGUUAUACAAUGUAUGAUUCGCUUGAUAGACGCAAAGUACAUUGUCAUGCAAAGCCUUGCAAUGGGGUACUUUUUGAUUGUUACAGAACCGGGCAUGCAUCUAUCUGUGAACUGGAUGAAAAUUCUGAUAGACGGUUUCAGUGGGCUAAGCUUCUUGACAACAACCAAGUAUUAGGCUAAUCUGCGAAUUCUUGUGAGGGAAAGAAAAAUCUUAUAGUAGAAGGUUGGAACGCUCUUCGUUAUUGUUAUACUUGUAUGUGUAUUUGCGCUGAACAGGAUGUCAACUCUACUGCUACUAGGACAAUCAGUUUGAUACCACAAUAUGCAGACAUUGAGAAUAAUAUGGUAGUUACUGGAGUACGUUUUGUCAAUAAAUAUAAUAUGUUCCAUGUUCAAAUUGAGCAAAGCAAAUUAGGACCUUAUGGUGAAAUAGUACCAGGGACAUCAAAAUGGAAAAAAUUGCCUCGAUUUGUUUAUGAAGAAACAGGCAAUGGUGGUUUUGUGAUGAGUAAUAAAAAAGGUCAACGAAAAUUAUUCAAUAAUUUAGAUUUCAAAUUUAUUACCCAUGAUAGCAGAACAAUAAAUUUCGAUCGAUUAAGAACAUUAAAGGGUGAAUUAGUUGUUGGAGUUACUUUUGUUUACAACAGCAAAACAAAAGCUGUUGAAUUACAAAUUUUUUCGUGGCCGUUUGAUUACAAAACUGGUAAACUAAAAGAUCCCGUUGAUUUGGAGGACGAUGAUGCUGAUUUUGAAAGUAAUUGGAUAAAUUGGGAAAAUACACCAAGUCGUUCAAGUGAAUACGAUAGAGACAGGUAAUAUCAGAUAAUAAAAUAGCUAUUUAUGAUAUAAGAUGGUAAAUGACAAAUUAUGGUACGGGUUAGUUCCAAAAUUGGCUGACUGGUUGCGCUGUGUUACUGAAAAAAGAGUGAGGAUCUUAGCACCCGAGAGCAGCGAGUUCUUUUUUGUGGCACAACGCAACCAAAGACGAAUUCCGCAAAACUAUGUUGGAUUUUUAUAGAAAAUCACAUGAGGUUCCAUUUAAAAACGGCAUGUAGGAAUCUAUGCUGGAUUCCCAUAUAGAUUUGGUGGCUUCUCUACCGAUAUUCUACGGUCCUAAAUUGAACUUUCGAAGCCGGAAUUGUAUGCUAGCUGCUUUUGUAAAAAGUUAUAGUUUUAUUUUUUUGUUCCCUCGCGGUUUUGGAAAUACCGAAAUAAUACCGGAAUUAUACGGUAUAAAUACUGCAUAAAUAUGGUAUUAUUCAAGUUAUUUUGGCCAGUUUUUUUGCCGCAUUACUACCAAAAAUUUACGAAAAAAAUUCAGAAUAUUUACGGUAAUAAAACAGAAAAAAUACGGUAUUUUAACAGCAUUAAAACCGUAAUUAUACAGCAUAUUUUCGGCAUUUUUGCAGCAUUAAACCGUUCUACCCGGAACAAAAAUUAUAUAUAAUUAUAGAAAAUUUUAUUUAAUUAUAUAUAAUUAUAUAUAACAUUGUAAGGUUAUAUGUACAAUAACUGUCAUGAAAAAAAAAAAAAAAAAAACCCGCCAACUCGCGGGCUCGAUCCCGGGUCCUAAUGAUUCAAAGACUGAUCUGUUAACCAUUAUGCCAAAUCGCUUAUUCGAAAGUUGGUACUAAUUGUAUUUAUAUCUAUACAAACAAACUUAAGAAAAUUGAAAACCUCAAUUUUCCCGGAUUCUUAUUUUCACUUACAUUCUUUUGUUUCAAUAAGAAAUGUGUGAACUAAUAGAAUAAAAUAUAAAAUUUUACACUUUGCACAUUUUCGAUGAUUUUAACCGCAGAAGCAAAUAUAAAAUAAAUACAAAAUUUUUACAAUUUUUCAUUAUAUCAGGAUAAAUCUGUCAAAAUCGCAGGAUAUCUACGGUAUAAUUACCAAAAAAAUACGAUUUUAUUAUUAUAAAAUUAUCGCAUUAUUGCGGUAUUUAUAUAGCAUUUUUUCGGUAAAAGUUCGGCAUUUUUAUAGUUUUUUUACGGCAUUUUUUUGGUAAAAGUUCGGCAUUUUUAUAGUAAUUUUACUAUAAUAAUCUGGUAACUCUACAGUAUAAGUACAGCAAAAAAACUGGCCAAUAUAACCAUAUUAUUACCAAAUUAUUACGGUAAAUUUACGGCAUGUGUAUAAAUGCCGAAAAUUUACGGCAUUUUUACGGCAUUCGCAAAACCGCGAGGGUUAAUUUUAGGCGUAAUCUAAAUUUGAGGAAAUUGGAUGAUCCCAUAAAAGCACCAGAUGAAAACGUGCAAUUUUCAGAUCCCAAUGAACAACUUAAAAUACGAGCUACUAGUUAUGAUCUAGACAUGGCCCAACACACUAUUCCUUAUAUUGAUUUACAGCCUGUAGCAUUACCAGAUCUAAAUGCUCCGCUUGAUGGAUUGGAAUUAAUUUACCGAAGAAGAAAAGGUUAUGGAGGUUUUUUGGGUUUUAAAAUGCGCGGAUUCGAAACUUCUACUUUUUUCGGUAUUGAAAUGUCACAAGAUGAUUUAGAUAAAUACAAAAAUGAUUUUGAUGAAGAUAUUGUUAUUGAUAUACCAAUUAAAUCUGAUUGAUUAUAUAAUUAUUAUAUUUUUCUCUUUAAUAUUAUAGUCGCCUCGACUGUUAAUUAUUAUUAUUGUUAACUUAAAUAAAUUCAUAAACACAAUUCUGUAAUGAUUUUUGGCUGAAUAA